AUGAGGAAUGAGAGAGGAGCGUCGUGUUUUUCAGUUUUGUUUUCUUUCUCUUUCUCUCGAAACCUUUCCAUCUCCUUCGUCUCCGAGGCGAUUCUGUCUCUCUCCCUGGUGUCUCGACGAAACGCCGAUGAUCUAUUUCUUCGUGGGUCGUCGGUGAAACGGAAUGGUUUUUAUCCGGCUCGUAGACUAAUCGUCUCUCUCUCCUUGGUUUCUCUCCGCUCUCUCUGUCUCUCUGGAUCAACUGGAAUCGGAAGGUUCGAUUCCUUCGUGCGGUGGCUUUCGUCGGCGGCAAAAGAUGGGUCUCUCUCUCUGUGGCUCUCCUCAACAGCGACGAAGCUCCUUGGCGAUGGCUCUACGCGAUUCGCGCAGAUGAAGAAAAAGAGAUAUGCUCUUUCGAAAGAGAGGUCAGGAAGGUUCAUCCAGAGCACUAUCUAGACAGGAGGUAAGAAGACAGGAGGUAAGAAGUGGAGUGCAAAAAGCACACAAGUGAGGUGUCACGGACUAAGAAGUGGAGUGCAAGAAGAGAACAAGUGUGGUGUCACGGACAGAAGUGAAGUGUCGUGUAGUGUAGUCUUGUGUAGUGUAGUGUAGUGUAUUGUCACAUGAGAUGUCAGUUUGUGAGUCUUGUUUUGUAGUUUAGUGUCACGGACAUAUGCAUUGUAUAAUAACAACAAACUCA